CGCUGCGCUUUUAUUGUGGAAACAUUAACCGGAUGUACGCUGGGCUGGUCUAUAAAUAUGAUGGGUUGUGAUAUUCCCGAUAAAAGGAUCAUCAUCGAUGUGUGUGCUGUGAGCAGUCAUGUCGUGCUGGGAGUGUAGAGGCGGUGAGGACGCGGCGCAGGGCAGCAUCCUCUACAGGAUCCUGAACAGAGGCGCUCUGGGCCCGCGGGGACGCACGGAGCCCGCCGCUGUCCAACAGCUCUGCUCCUGCGCUCUCAGCAACAAACUCGUGUCCAUUCGGGCUCCGCAACUAGUUUUCAAAGCGGCCACCGAGGUGCUCGUGAAAACUUUCCGCUUCGUGAAGAGCGUGCCGUGUUUCCGGGGUUUGCCGGCGGAGGACCAGCUCCGGCUCGUGCGCAACAGCUGGGCGCCGCUGCUGGUUCUGGGCUUGGUGCAGGACUCCGUGGACUUCGACACGGUGGAGACGCAGCAGCCGAGUCUGCUGCACAGGAUUUUAACGCACGACAAGGACGGGGACGUUCGAGACUCCGGGGUCCCCGUCGGUGACGUGGAGGGCAUCAAGAGGUUUCUGGUGAAAUGCAGAAGGCUGAGGAUCAGCGUUAAAGAGUACGCGUUUCUGAAAGGAGCGAUACUGUUCAGCCCAGUGACAGAGCUGGAGUGUCGGGACUACGUCCAGGAGCUUCAGGUGGAGGCUGAGCGCGCGCUCCAUGAGCACGUGAGGACGGUGUACCGGGGGAACGCGAGCAGGCUGGGCAGACUGCGCGUGGUCCUCAACACCCUGCGCUGCGUGGACGCGGACGCGGUGGCGCGGCUCUUCUUCAGACCGGUGACCGGCAGCGCGGAGGAACAUGUGCUGUCUGUGUUUUAUGAGAGGGAGAGGAGCGGACCAGACGUCUGGGACUGAACCAGGGGGCUGCUUUAAUGUUUGGUUUAAAAACAGAAAGAACAGAAAUGAGAAGAUGAGGUAGGAACGACCUUAAAGAGACAACAUCAUUCUUUACUCUGUCUCUCCUUUUGGACUGAACACAACCUGCAGACUCUGUGUUUAAACAACAUACUUUUUACUUUGAAUUUUAUUGUCAUCUUAUCAUAGACAAACCUUUAACCUUUUGUUCAUUAAAUGCCAGUAUGUACUGAUACAUCCGUCUGUUAUAAAUCAAGGUUUAA